AUGGAACACAUAAUUCUCGUUUCUGGAAAGUGGAAAGUUCAGAAAACUAAGUGGUUAUUUGAAGUAGAUAAUGAGCGAGGAAGCAUAUUGGUUGCUGUGAAUGAAGACACUCGACUUGAGGAUUUUGUGAAAAUCAUACUUGAGGAUUACGGAGUUGAUUUUGCAGAAAACGACGUCGAACUGCGGUACCUUUUGCCCAAGCAGAAUCAACACAAACAAAGCAUCGAUACACCACCUGUGAAAAUAGGAAACGAUAGGCAGUUUUAUGCAUUCUUGGGUCUCUGCAAAGUUGAGAACAUUCGACUAUGUGUAGAGUUUAAAGUUAACAAAAUUGGUGGGAAAGCGGCUGUCGAAGAUCAGAAACAACUCAUACAAGGAGAUGAGCCUGUGUGUGAAGAUGAAGAAGAUACAGACGAGGAGGGUGAUCGAUUCGAUUACUGUGAUGAUUCUGAUGGAACAACAUCUGAUGAUGAAAACUUUACUACAUACGGGACUCCAGCAGACCAUGUAGAAGAGGUCCAGGGAUCUUCUACAAAUAUGAUUUCUGCAAGAGUACUUAAGACACAAGAAAGAGAGUCUCCGAUGAGUAUAUCUGAUUUGCGGUCAUUCAAAUUUGUAGUGGGACAGAGUUUCGAUUCCAAAGAUGCAUUGGAGACACGUCUGAAGAUAUGUUCAGUUGUCCAACGUUUCGAUUUUGAUGUGGAUAAAUCUACAAGAAAUCUGUUUCGUGUAAAAUGUUGGCUAGAAGGUUGUACGUGGAAGCUUAGAGCUUCACCAGUAGGUGAAUCAUCAAAGUUUACAAUCCGAGUAUAUGUAGAGGAACAUACCUGCUCCAUAACAGAACGUUCAUCUCGUUCCCGACAAGCUACUCCUGAAAUUCUUGGACUCUUGUACAAAGACUAUGUUGGUGGGGUUGAACCAUCAAUUUUGCCACGUCACGUUUCUAGUGCUAUGAACCUGAUCUUCGGAACAAAGAUGGAUUAUUGGAAAGCUCGUCGUACACUUAUAGCUGCUAGAGAUCUCGUAAUGGGUUCUUCAGAGAAUGGAUACCAAGAAUUACCUACUUAUCUGCACAUGAUUAGAAUGUCAAAUCCAGGGACUUUAACUCGACUGGAAGUUGAUACAGAGAAUAGAUUUAAGUACUUAUUCCUUGCAUUCGGCGCUAGCAUUACUGGCUUUCCAUAUUUGAGGAAGGUGGUGGUGGUUGAUGGUACAUUUUUACAAGGGAAAUACAAAGGAACGCUUCUGAUUGCAACAUCACAGGAUGGCAAUUUUCAAAUCUUUCCAAUUGCAUUUGCUGUGGUUGACACAGAGAAUGAUGAAUCAUGGACAUGGUUUUUCCGCCAACUCAGCCGUGUGAUACCCGAUGAUGAAGGAUUGGCGUUAAUCUCUGACAGGCACAAGUCAAUAGGGAAAGCUAUAGCAGUGGUCUAUCCAUUGGCAAGUAGGGGCAUUUGCACGUACCACUUAUAUAAAAAUAUCUUGUUACGAUACAGAGGGCGUGAUUUGUUUGGAUUGGUAAAAAAAGCCGCCAACUCUUUUAGGGUAACUGACUUUCAAGCAACCUUCGACACAAUCAAAGAGUUAAAUCCAGAUUUGCAUGCAUAUUUGGAACGUGCUGAUGUACGUAAGUGGGCACGAGCUCAUUUCAGAGGUGACAGAUAUAACCUCCUUACAAGUAACAUAGCUGAAUCCAUAAACAAAGCUUUGUCAGGUGCUAGAAGCUUGCCAAUUGUUCACCUUCUAGAGUCAAUCCGACUAAUGAUGACACGCUGGUUUGCAACAAGAAAACAUGACGCUGAGUUGAUGAAAACCAUUCUUACUCGUGGUGUAGAGAAAGUGUUGGAGGGCCGGAUGCCUAUUGCUAAUCUACUAAAGGUUCAAGCAAUAGACAUUCAUCAAUCACAGGUGACAGGAGUCUCGUCUUUACAUGUUGUAAAUCUGACCGAGAAGAAAUGUUCUUGCCGCCGAUUUGAUUUGGAGAAGCUACCAUGUGCUCAUGCUAUAGCUGCUGCGGAAGCUAGAAAGAUAUCACGUAUAUCACUUUGCCACCAUUACUAUCGGAAGCAGUACCUAUACAAUGCAUAUUUCAAUGUUGUUAUGCCCAAAGAUGAUGCUGUUCCAAUUCCUGAAGAAGUUGCAAAGCAAAUCUGUUUACCACCUGAUGUCCGUCAACCACCAGGAAGACCAAAAAAAUCAAGACAUAAAUCUAUUUUGGAGAAAGUUGCAGAUAAGAAACGGCCAAGGAAGGAACACACAUGUAGAAUUUGUAACCAGAUGGGACAUAAUUCUAAAACAUGUCCUCUUAAGUGA